AUGGCGGGUGAACGCCCUCUCCUUUCAGCGCGGUCCUCUUCCGAGCGCUCCCGCGACCUCGCCGAAGAAGAUGCCCUCCUGACCGGCCAACGCACACAUCGCACGUCCGGACCGCGGACAUUGAGAUUCUGGAGGGAACUAGGCCUUUUCGCAUGGGCUGUCGUUGCGACGGCAGCUGUUAUUAUACUUGCGGUCGUCUAUCAGAAGUCCCAAGAUACGCAUCAUGCCAGUCCGGGGCACUCGAGUGGAAAGCGAAACCUAGUCUUCAUGGUCAGCGACGGUAUGGGCCCGACGAGUUUGAGCUUGACUAGGAGUUUUAUGCAGUUCAAGAAUGGAGCACCAUAUAAUGAGCAGUUGAUCUUGGAUAAGCAUUUGAUCGGUCAAUCGAGGACGAGGUCUUCGUCUAGUUUGAUUACGGAUUCGGCGGCCGGAGCUACCGCCUUCUCCUGUGGAAUGAAGAGUUACAACGGUGCGAUUUCGGUGCUGCCGAACCAUGAGCCCUGCGGUACCGUGCUUGAGGCGGCGAAGAAGGCGGGAUACAUGACGGGCUUGGUCGUGACGACCCGGAUCACCGAUGCGACGCCUGCGUGCUUUGCCUCGCAUGUGAACAUGCGGCAAGAGGAGGAUCGAAUCGCGGAACAGCUGGUUGGGGAUCAUCCGCUUGGACGUGUUGUGGAUUUGAUUCUUGGGGGUGGACGAUGCCAUUUCCUGCCCAAUUCUACCUCGGACUCCUGCAGAGCGGACGACAAGGAUAUCGUUGAUCUGGCGAAGCAGAACGGCUUCAAUUACGUGUCUGACCGGAAGGGUUUCGAUGCGCUGAAGGCCGGAAAGGCGGUCAACUUCCCCUUGCUUGGCCUCUUCGCGGAUGGCGAUAUCCCGUAUGAAAUCGAUCGACGCAACGAAGGUGACAUCUAUCCGGCUCUCCAUGAAAUGGCAGAGACAGCGUUGAAGGCUCUUAGCCACGCUACGCGGGAUAGCAAGAAGGGCUUCUUCCUUCUCAUCGAAGGCAGCCGUAUCGAUCAUGCUGGCCAUCACAACGACCCAGCCGCCCAGGUCCACGAAGUCCUCUCCUACGACAAGGCGUUCGCGAGUGUCCUGGAGUUCCUCAGGAACGAAGCCACAGACGGUGUCAUGGUGUCUACGUCUGACCACGAAACCGGCGGUCUAGCAACCGCACGACAACUCCACGCGUCCUACCCCGAAUACCUCUGGUACCCCGGCCCCUUAGCCAAUGCCUCGCACUCCGCGGAACGCCUCGACCUCCUCUACAAAGAGUUCCUCCUCGCCGAACCCUCCCCUUCGAAAUCCAAAACCACAGCCUUCGUCAAAGAUCUAGUCAUCACCGGCCUCGGCAUCCAUGACGCCUCCGACGAGGAAAUCUCGAACCUCGUCGACGUCCCCGAUACAGCCUUGUACCAGUUCGCAGACAUGGUGUCUCGACGCAGCCAAACCGGGUGGUCGACCCAUGGCCACUCAGCCGCGGAUGUGAAUAUCUAUAGUAGCGAUCCGCGCGUUGCGUCGGCCCUGGUGGGGAAUCACGAGAAUACCGAGGUUGGGAAGUUUUUGAGCGAUUAUCUCAAUGUCGAUGUUGAUGCCAUUACGAAGGAGUUGAGGGAGAAGGGCAAGGAGCUGAAGGUUCAGAGUGCGGAUGGCGAAGAGGUUAGUUGGAUGGGACGGUUACCCGAGGAGGGAGAGAGGCUGGAUGGGCAGGAUCAUGUUACGGGAUAUGCGGGGGAUUUCAGGAAGCGGUAUGCGGGGAAUCUGAUGAAGAGAGGGGUGGUGCAUGGGAGAGGGGACGACUGUGGGUGUGGGAUGCAUUAG